CGGGAAGUAAACGGGAAACAGAACGUCAACACUUGGCGCCAGAUUUCGAGAAGAAAAGCGACAGCCUGUUUGAAGAAAACUGAGAAUGAGUGAAACUGAAACCCUUACUGACCAGAGCAUGGCAGAAAGCACGGAUAUUAAUGAUGGACCCAAGAAAUUCUGCCCCCCUUCCACGCCAGAGUCACUACCAAUUGAUGUACAAGAGGAGAUUGAGUGCCUGUAUGAAUUUGUUCCUGAGGUUGCUCAACACUUUAGAAACAACAAGAUAGGAGAAGGGACAUUCAGCUCUGUGUUCCAAGCUUGUCUCAGACAUCACCCGGAAGUAAAGCAGCAGUUUGCCCUGAAACACAUCAUUCCGACCAGUCAUCCAUCUCGGAUUGAGGGAGAACUACGGUGCUUGCAGGAAAUUGGGGGAUGCGAGAACGUGAUAGGUGUGGAGCUAUGUAUCAGAAACAGGGACCAUGUUGUCAUCGUCAUGCCCUACUUCGCACAUGACAAGUUCCCAGAUUACGUGCUGGAGAUGUCACUGACAGAAGUACGAGACUAUAUGCUCAACCUUCUCAUAGCUCUCCGACGUGUGCACAAGUUUGACAUCAUCCACAGAGAUGUCAAGCCCAGCAACUUCCUCUACAACCGAGAGACCAAACAGUUCUCCCUGGUAGACUUUGGUUUGGCCCACCAAGCCCCAGUGUGUCUGAUGAAGAAAUGCAAGACAUCUCCCAGUGUAGAUGUAAAACUCUCCGACAAACACCACAAGUCCGUCCCACUAUCUCCAUCCAAAAAAUAUCUUCAAGACAACAAUGUCAAGUCUCCUGCAUCCACCGACUUGAAAAGGGAGCAACCGUCUGACCUGAAGCCAGGCACCAGUGGGAAACUUGCAGCACACCGACGACAGUACACACCGCCAACAUCAAAUCUUGACAUGCUCCACUUAUCCAACAAAAUUAAGUCCCCUCGUCGCAUGUUGCUUGCCAAGAGGGCUCUGAUGAUAAAGGAGGGGCAGGUCUCCAGCAAGCAGCGUUCUUCGUCUUCGUCAUCACGUCCAGGGAGCCAGAACACGUGUCAGUGUUUCGGACAGCCCAUGGUGUGCAGCAUCUGUGUUGCCAGGAGCAAUCAGACUGCCCCACGCGCCGGUACACCUGGUUUCCGCUCGCCUGAGGUUCUCAUGAAGUGCCCUGACCAAUCAACAGCUGUGGACAUCUGGUCUGCUGGGGUCAUCUUUUUAUCCCUGCUCAGUGGCCGCUACCCGUUCUUCCGAGCCAAUGAUGACGUCACAGCUCUAGCACAGAUCAUCUCCAUCAUGGGUAGUGAGGAGGUCAAGGUCGCUGCCAAGACCUUUGGUAAGCACCUCACCUGCAGCCCUGUAACCCCAGCUGUGGACCUUAAACGACUGUGUGUGAAGCUACGCAGCGCCCCCAGUCUCAAGGCUGGGAACCAGACGCAGAAGAACGCACACAUUCCAAACAAAGAAAAUUCCUCAGAUUUGUGGGAAAACGUUUCUGACUCUAUGUUUGAUUUGCUCAAACAUUUACUUGAUCUUAAUCCUGCAACGAGGAUAACUGCUGAAGAAGCCCUCAGACACCCGUUCUUUGUAGACUGAUGCAGUGUUUGUUUCUCUUGGAGAAUGGAUGAAGUUGGCCAGUAAAAUUAUGCAGACCAUGCAUUGAUCAUGAAAAAGAUCCUUAACUGGCCAAAGGAUGCCUCUUCAGAUAAAAAGGUUUUUUUUAAUUUUCAAGAGACAUCUCCAAUUUCAACCGGUGGUUUCUCAACUGGGAAAUGAGUCCUCUCAGGUCAAAACAAAGUUCCUCAACUGCCAAAAGGAGGGUUCUCAACUCUCAAAAGAAAUCCUUCAACUCCUUAAAGCAGACUUGUCUACCUCUGAAAAGGGUCUCUUUGGACAGAGAGGGCAAGACCCUGAACUCUCAAAAAGAAUUUCUUCAAGUAGCCAAAAAUGCCUUGAACAAUUCACCAUCAAAAGAGACAGUUGUCAAAAGGAGGCUUGUCAACUGUCAAAGGGAGGCUUGUCAACUGUCAAAGGGAGGCUUGCAACUGUCAAAGGGAGGCUGAUCAACUGUCAAAAGGAGUCUUGUCAGUUGUCAGAAGCAGGCUUAUAAAUAUCUCUCUGUUGUAGCCAUGGGGCUAUUUUUAUGUCAUAUAUUAAACAAGAGAUAAAUGGAGUGACUUAAAGCAGCCUAGAUAUUGACGAACUACUUCACAUAUUUUGAUACUUUACCAAAGGAGUGAAAGUUCCCAAUUGACUAUCUUUGUCAUAUGUACAUUAAAGUGAUAUUUGUACAAAUA